UUUCUCGCAGUACGACAAACUGCCGACGAGGAGUCAGAAGACGCGCCAGCAGAUACGAAAAUGCACCCAUUCAGAACGGUAGAUAGACUCUCUCUGUUCGCCCACCACUUGCGAAAUCCUUCCUGCGGGGCUUGAAGACGUUCUAUGUCUUUUUCCAACAGAAACAUCUCGUAUUCCCACGUCGCCCCGACGUCAGCAUUCGGUAUAGUGGGCCAAACAGAGGUGUCAUCCAAACUUCUACCUGAUGACUCCACUUCAAAGGGGGUGAUAUUCAUUGACAGACAGCAGAUCCAACCGAGUCACCGCAAUGCGCGAACGCAUGUUUGUCAAAUUUGCUGUUUUGGCAGGAGGCAGGAACAUGUGAAGAGGCAUCUUGGCAUGCCAAAACAUUCAGCCCAAGAUUUACCAAUGGAAAACCAGGUCGUACGAAUGCAGUUGCCAAUUCCCAUUUCAAGUGCCGUCCUGUCCUAUGACGAACCAGAGAAGGUGAGCGGCAGCGACUUCCCGGCGUCGGAAACACCAGAACAAUUGCAGGACCCUUGUCUGGGACCCAGGAGCCUAACCCGCUUUGGUCCUGACGUAGAUCACUAGCUGGGAAGCUAUCGACCCAGCCUCCCAGCUCUGCCCGGACGACAGGGAUCAUGAAGCAGCUCAACUUGCGCUUAUUCGCACUUGGCAUCUUGGUUUUGCGAGUGUUGUACUUAAGCUGCACCAUUACCAGACAACCCAAACCCCGUCCACCAGUGCAGUUGUCACUUACCCUAUCUAUCUCCUCGCCACCGCCGCAAGCCCGUCAUCCGGUUUCUCGUACUGUCCGGCACACAGCACAUAGCACAUAGCACACAGAUACUCCAUAAUACUG